CAUCAAACCAUAGCUUCUAAGGAGUAAAGGGUGCUGCAUCUCAGCUAACAGCCAUGGCUUUUGGACUCCUUUUGUGGGUUUCCUGUAUCUCUUUUUUCUUAUUUGAUGGCAGUGUUGGUGUACCAGCUAUAAAAGGGUAUGGAUAUUCAUAUAAAUCUGACCCCCGUAACAUGGUUGAUGAAGAGGAAGUGAUCUGGCCAACCUUUGAUCAGAUUAACUGGCAGUUUUCAAACAACCCACCAGCUGGCAGUGUAUACGCAACCAACAACAAGCCUGAAUUUACGCAGUCAGCUUGGGCUCCAUCUCGACAAGACCUGCCAAACACACCCAGUGCUCGUGAGGUACAGGGACUUAAUAAUGGUCUGUCAAGGCACUGGGGACCGGAAACUGCUGACAAACCACUUUUAUUUCCUUUAAAGCUGACUGAUCCAGCCAAGCCUCAGCCAGGUCCCGUCCAACCUCAACCAGCACCACUUGGUGUAGCCUCUACGUACAGUAUGCCUUCCUCUCCAAGUGCUGGUGGCCCAACUUCCUACUAUGCCCCAUCCUCUACCCCUCGUGCUGCGCAGUCUCCUAGCUUUGAUUCUUGGCAGCCUAAGCCAGAUAGCAGUGGUUAUGGUAUGAUUGGCUAUAACACUGGCUCCAGUGCAGAUGGUGGAGCUAAUGUUCCCCGUCUUGUCUACGAGGAGGUCUUUCAAUAUCCCUCUGAUAACACUAAGCCCGCGAGUAAUGGUGCCAUCUACAAUGCUGCAGGAGGGUCUUCAGUUAAAUACGACUCCCCACUAUUGCCCAGUUAUCCACCUAAUCUAGAAGCCCAGCCUGCCGAUCCAUCUGGGAUGGGGAGUUUCCCUGGAGGAGUGAACCUCAAUAUUGGUCAAACAGACGAGCCACGUCAUGAGAUUCCUUCGCUUCCACAAAAAACAGUUAUCAGGACCCAAAAAGUUGUUUCCCAGAGACUGACUGAACCAGUCCCUCCUUCACGCUACAUUAUCCAGUCCAGAAAUGGCUACCAGCGACGCCGGCGUCACCUCUCCAAAUCCAGGGUCAAAGGGUCCAGCACAGAGUCAACCAGCUGCACCUAAGGGUGUAAGUAACCCUCAAAGAACCAAGUGGUAACCAACAUGGCUAUUGUGGCAGCGUUGCAGAAUGCUGCGUCUGCUGAAGACAAUAAAACUCUUAAAAUUGUA